CGCAUACGCGCGCACAAAAAUGCUCCUCACGCUUCAACUUACUUCCGGUACAGUGUAUCUGUCCCUGGCAUCGGGCGAGUAUCAGGGAGGGGAAGGAAGAGAAGUUUGCUGGUACAGGCAUGUUCUGAAACCACACAAAUAUCUGGGUGAUUGUCCUUCUCAAGAGGACAGAUAGGACACUCCGAAGACUUUGGAAGUUAAAAGAGCCAGUUUACUUCAGGAGUGUGACGUGACGGGCAGUGUCAGUUUCUGCUGUCUCACUGACUGUCUGUCUGUCUCUCUCUCCCCCAACACACACACAGAGCUUUGGAGCAUUUAGGCCAGUUGGAGCUAACGUUAGCGAGCCAGCUAACUAUUGCUAGCCUCUUUUGUGUGAUUGAGGCGACAUUUUGCUUUCAGACCAAUACUGGAUAGAUACAAACGUCUAAUUCAACUGGAGUGCCAGAAAAAGAUCUACAAAAUCAACAUAGAUCACCUUGGCCUUGAGCACCAGUCUGUGUGGAACUAGCAACACAGGAAACGACAUGGGUACACCAGGUUCAGGACGAAAACGUGCACCUAUCAAGGACCGAUUCUCUGCCGAGGAUGAGGCCUUAAGUAGCAUAGCGCGAGAGGCAGAGGCCAGACUUGCAGCAAAGCGAGCUGCCAGGGCGGAAGCACGUGACAUCAGAAUGAGAGAACUGGAGCGACAACAAAAAGAGUUCACUUACCACCACUCAUCUUCUAGUAAAAAGUGGGGACAUAUUCAGCAGUGGAUGGCUGACACAGAAAAGGCCCGCCAUGGCAAUCAAUCCAGAAGCCAGAGUCGCAGAAAGGGACUGGAAGAUGAUGCCGUGUCUGUCCACAGCAGUGGAAGUUACAGGUCUACUGCCUCAUCGCUGCGAGGCAACUCGCAUUACUCCAGCCUCAUGACCAGCCCUAGGAAAAAAAGCUUGGUGUUGGAUGGCAGUAGUUCCUCUUUGAAGAGCUCUCAUUCCACUAGCUCAGUGUAUAAUGACCUUCACAGGAAAUCUGCGUCCUUCAGGAAAAAACCUGACCUACUGACAGGAUUGUAUUAUGACCAAAGGAAAUACAGCAGUCUAAAGAGCUCCAAACCCCCCCCUCCUAUCUCCUCCAGUGUCUCUACCCAUCAGCCCCGGGCUUCCAGCACUACCUCCACAGGGCUGAUGCGUAGCUUCAGCAUGGCCUCAAUAUGUGAUGCUGGUCUCUAUGGGCCAUAUGGUUCCAGAGCUACAUCUGAAUGCAGCUGGUGCUCUUCUGGUGCUAGCUCCACCCGCAGUAGUCCAGUGUCCUCUUCUGAUGACGAUUCUGCCAGCACUACAUCUCAGGAUCACAUCAAACAUGGAAGGAGGGAUAGUGUGUCAUCUGAACUUUCUGACAUGAGUGAGACUGCCGCUGACUAUUUCAGCCGUUCAAACCGCAGAGGUAGUAUUGUUUCUGAUCUAGAUGAUCUGAGCAUCCCAGAUCUGGACAUUUUGGACGAAAAAAGUGACAAGCAGUACUCAGAUUCCUUCAGUCGGCCAUCAUCUCGAUGUGCCACUCCAGGCCUCUCUGCUGCCACAUUGGCCUCUCUUGGUGGUACUUCAUCCAGACGAGGCAGCGGGGACAUGUCCAGUAUUGUCAUCGAACCAGAUGCCUCUCUCAGUGAUCUGAGGGACAUCUAUGAUCUAAAGGACCAGAUUCAGGAUGUAGAGGGGCGAUAUAUGCAGGGUCUUAAAGAGCUGAAGGAAUCUCUGUCUGAAGUGGAAGAGAAGUAUAAGAAGGCCAUGGUAUCUAACGCACAACUUGACAACGACAAGGCAAACCUCAUCUACCAGGUGGACACACUCAAGGACGUCAUUGAGGAACUGGAAGAGCAGAUGUCAGAGCUAAUCAGGGAAACAGAGGAGAAGUCAAAGGAAUUAGAGAGGCAAAAGCAUACAUGUUCAGUCCUGCUGCAUAAACAAGAGGAAUUAAAAGAGGGAAUCCGUCAGCGAGAUGAACUUAUUGAGGCAAACCAGAACAUUCAAUUCAAGGUAGAUACACUCACAAAGGAGGUGUUUGACCUACAGGAAACUGUUAACUGGAAGGACAAAAAGAUUGCGGCCUUAGAGAGGCAGAAAGAGUACUUUGAUUGCAUUAGGAAUGAGAGGGAUGAGCUCAGAGAUGAGCUGGCUGACCUCAAGGGGAAAUCCAAAACAGUAGAGAAACAUGGGCUGGUUAUCAUUCCUGAGGGCACACCCAAUGGGGAUGUCAGUCAUGAAUCCCCAACCUCAGUGAUCACUCUUGUCACCCAGGAAGCUGCUCAAAUGCUGGAGUCAGCUGGAGAUGGACCUCUGGAUAUUCGACUACGAAAGCUUGCUGAGGAAAAAGACGAACUCUUGUCACAAAUCAGGAAACUAAAAACGCAGCUACAGGAGGAGAGACAGAAACAUUCUAAGAUGGAAAGUGUUUACUCAGAUGGAGAACGUCUAGAAAACGGCACUGACUUGAACUUAAUUGAAAUGCAGAGAGAUGCCAACCGACAAAUUAGUGAAUAUAAAUUCAAGCUUUCAAAGGCAGAGCAAGAAAUGGGUACAAUGGAACAAAAUAUAAACAGACUUGAAGGACAGGUGUUAAGAUACAAAGCAGCAGCUGAUAACGCUGAGAAAACUGAAGAUGAACUAAAGGCUGAGAAAAGAAAACUUCAGAGGGAGCUGCGUGGUGCUCUGGACAAAAUAGAGGAAAUGGAGAUGACCAACAACCACUUGGUCAAGCGACUGGAGAAGAUGAAAGCAAAUCGCAAUGCUCUCCUCACUCAGCAGUGAUAAGAUUAGCCUUGGACACUUUGCAUUUUAAACAGCCCUUAAAUAUCUCAGAUUUUUCUGCCACACACUGCAAAGAAACACUUGGUAGCAACAGGAAGUACUUUAUAUUUUUUUUCACUAAAGAUAAAGUUUGAUGCACACCUCAGUUUGCCCAGAAGGGAGUAAGUAUGGUUAAUUGUUUUUUUUUUUUUCUUCUUUUGUUCAACCCAAGGGCUUUUUUUGCUGGUAUUAUGUGUUGUAUUUUGAAAGCUUUGUAUAUCAUGGCUUUCACCUGGGUUAUAUUGUGUGGAUUGGGUGCUUGAUUCCUCUUAAUGUCUCCUGCUUCAGUAAUAGGCCGCAUGAAUGAGUGUAAAAGUGUAUUUUAAGUUACUUUCACACAACUGCACACAUUGAUAAAUGUUUGCAACAAUGUGCCUUUGUUCACAUGGGAACUGAGGGUUUGCAUUAUAAAGAAAAGAAAUUAUUUAAUAUAGGGAUUCAGUCUAAUGUGAUAGUAUAAACCAGUUCUCUACAAUGAGGUUUCAAAAAUAUUUAAAAUAAAACAGUAAAUUGGA